AUGUCGUCAUCGGUGCACUGUCGCCGUACGUCGUCGCUGCAUACGACCAUUGCCCUGGUCGCCGCUGUGGCCGUCGUGGUCGCCGUCCACUCGACGGCCGCUGCCCCGCAGUCCGACGGCGACGCCACGAUCACGAUCGCCGGCCAGCAGUGCAAGUGUGUGCCGUUCUACUUGUGCGAUUCGAGCAAUACCAUCGACGUACCCUCUGGAUCUACAGAAUCGGGAUGUGGAGAUGCGGUAUGUUGCCGAGUACAAAGUGAUUUACCUUUACCACCAGUGACCGAAUCGUAUAUACCGUCGUCUGAACUACCACUUAUUAGUUCAUCAACUCAGGAACCGUAUAUUGAGAAUAAUAAGCCAUGUACAUGUGUCUCCAGAAAUCAAUGUUUAUCACCAAAUGGUAGUAAUAAACAGCAAAGUUCUAAUAUUAGAGCAGGCAGUUGCAGCAGCAAUAAAGUAUGCUGCAUAAAUGAAUAUGUCAAUAUCGGAACAACCCAGGAAACACCUAUUAUUAGCGAACCCAUAAAUAACAAUGAUCGUAGUUGUGGUAUUGGUAAGUCACCGCCAAAUACCAUAAAUUCUGAUAAUAUAGGAACCCGUAUUAUUAAUCCUGAAGAGAACUCAAACACUCAUUUUGGUCAAUUUCCGUGGAUGGCUGCUAUUCUAAAAACAGAUAUAAACGAAGAGACUGGUAUUAAAACAGAAAAUGUUUUCUUGUGUGGUGGUUCAUUAAUACAUCCACGAGUCAUUUUAACUGCGGCACACUGCGUCAGAGGUAAGGAUGUGAAAUUGUUAAAAGUACGAGUUGGAGUGUGGGAUACUCAGUCCAACAGUAACGAAGAAGAUAGAGAAAAGUCGCACGAAGAUCGUGGUGUUUCAAAAAUAGUUUACCAUCCGAAUCAUAAUAAUGGAACUAUGUUCAAUGAUGUUGCGUUAGUCGAACUCGAAUCUGAAAUUAUAUUACAUCCACAUGUUAAUGUUAUAUGCAUUCCUAACAAUGAAAAACAAAUAAACUACGACCCUCAAUCGUGUGUAUCAACAGGAUGGGGUAAAAAUGGAUUCGAACAGGGUAGCAAAUAUCAAACUGUGUUAAAAAAAGUAGACUUGUCUCUUGUGCCCAAUGAUUUGUGCCAACAGCAAUUACGGACCACGCGCCUUGGGAACUUUUUCCGUUUACAUGAAAGUUUUCUUUGUGCUGGCGGCAUAAAGGGAGUUGAUGUGUGCAAAGGCGAUGGUGGCGGACCGUUGAUAUGUGCAAUGAAAGGAUACCAAGGGAAGUCUAAAAAAUAUAUUCAAGUGGGUAUUGUGUCUUGGGGCAUUGGAUGCGGUGAUGAAAAUAUACCCGGUGUAUACUCGUCGGUAGCUGCCAACUCUCAGUGGAUCAACAAGGGGCUUAAAACGAUUAUAUCACAAUGA